AUGAAAUGUGUUCUUAUGGUCAGUUACUGCUGCGUGGUUGGAGAAUUGUAAUUCUCCAAGUGUUACAGGAGCAUGUCAUGAAAAUGGCUCAUGAAGGACAUCAAGGAAUUGUGAAAACGAAGUGCAGACUGCGUAGUAAGGUGUGGUGGCCGGAGGUAGAUGCAGCUGCAGACAAAUUAUGCAAGAGUUGUCAUGGCUGUUAAGCUGUCAGUGAAUAUUCCGUUCCAGAACCUAUGGCACGAGCCUACCCACCAAGUGGACCAUGGCGAGAUUGUGCUCCAGACAUAAUGGGUCCUUUACCCUCUGGAGAGAAUUUACAUGUUAUAGUGGACUAUUAUAGCAGAUAUUUUGAAGUAGUUAUCCUGAGGUCAACUACGAGCACAAAGGUCAUCGACAGCCUCAAGCCAAUAUUUGCUCAGUUUGGGGUUUCCGACACACUUAAAACAGACAACGGUCCUCAGUUCGUUUCAGAGGAGUUCAAAGCCUUCCUUGUAAAAGUGGGAUAGAACACCGACCAACUCCCCCUCUGUGGCCCCAGGCGAAUGAAGAGGUAGAACGUCAAAACCGCACUUUGUUGAAAGUGAUCCAGACGUCCUAAACGAUUUGAUGGCUAUGAACUGUCAAAGGCAUAACUGGACUUUGUUACUGGUGGAGCGGCUUAUAGCUGUACCAUGUUUAACAUUAUAAGGAACUGAAUUUGAUUUCUUUAUCUAGUAUUUAAGUUUUCGUUCUCGUUUCAGUUUGGACACUCCAUUAUGCUCUAAAAAAGACACAAAGGAGGGAUGUAGUAUAUUAAACUGGAUGUUUAGGUUGUUUAAGUUAACCGGAAGUGUACGUAUUAGACGUCCCACGAUGCCAUGUGUGUUGGGUUGCUGGAGUUGUGAUUUCCAGAGAAGCUUGUUAAAUACAUGUCCGGUUUUUGUUGAAAUCGUGUAGCAUCGUAGCGAUGAAACAUUAAAAUACAGAAUUUAACAUUCCCCACGAACGUUUGUGGGGUAGGAACGCGUGUCAAAGCUAUGAGAACGUCUGCGUGGCAGUCCCCAACCUCGUCCCCAGGGUUCUCUGCUACCUGCCGUAAGGGAGUCCAACUGGGAUCAGCCUCAGAUUAAGAAAUACGGCGUUUGACCGGCAAUACUUAUCAAAAAUCUUGAAACACUUUUUCGCGUUUGUCCUUCUCCAAUGUUGAUUUGGGUAUUACAGUCGUCUCAGUGCUCCAAAGUACGCGUGGCUCAACGUUGGAGAAAGAGAGGGGCAGGUUUCGGUGAGAACAAAAGUGUGAAGAGUGAAUGUGAGAAAUUUUCGAGAAAAUUCAAGAGAAUCGGUGUCUGUUUCAGCUCUUUGUGACGAGAAUGGAAGACCUUGUUCUUGCUUUAAGCGAGUUUCACUUACUUACAAGAGUACAGGUCUUUAAUUUUUGGGAUUGUCAUUUUAUCUCUCGAUACUCUUUUUCAUCAUUAGCCAUUCUUAAUCGUUUGUAACUGAUCAUUACCUCUUUUUUAUUAAUUAAGUAAUAUUCUGUAGUUUUGCUUUGUUUGAUCAUACCUCAUGAUAGCGGAAGUGACAGAACUCCAUUUUUGACUAACUUUUCGCCCCAUGUAAGGUAAUCCGAAUUCCGGAAUCCGGGAAAUUUUUGCUUGGGAAUCCGGAAUCCUGGGCUUUGGAAUCCAGAAUUCAGCUCAAGAAAUCUGGGAUCCCGUUAACCACUGGAAUCUGGUAUCCAAGUUCCACUGAUAAGGAAUCCGGAAUCAACAGUGUGCAGGACCAAAAUCCAAGACUGUCUUGGAUUACCUUACAUAAGGCGAAACUUGACAGCAAUUUUCUUUGUAGGCCAUCGUAAGUGCAUUGGCUAUCAACUGUCCUGAUGAUCCACAAGCGUUUAUUCUCGAUAAAUUAAAGCUCAUCACCACUUAUCAAGACGUAUUGGAUGAUCUAAGAUGGGACUCCUUCAUAGAUGAAAAACUCCGGCCUAAAAACAGGGUUGUCCAGGCCUCUGUCUUGGAUUUUUUAUGGUCUUAUGAAGAUGAAAAUUCUCAGGUAAAUUGCUUUUUAUUUGAUAAUUGUUGAUUGUUAAUUUUAGACACUUACUUCCAAUUUUAUUUUGGUAUAUGCAAGGGACCGGCUUAAGCCGAACCACGACGACGAUGGUGGUAAAACCUUCAGUGGAAAUAAAAAAAUGAAUGCGCGUCUUUUCAAACUCUGUCGCAUUCAAUUAGCCUUGCCCAAUCGGCUAAUUUCUCGGGAGUUAAAUGUUUAAUAAAGUACGCUAUCCAAUUUAAAAAGAGAAAGGAAUAUUGUCGUCCUGUGUUUACGUUCUCCAUGCAGUGCUCAUGAAACCAAUUAUUAUUUGAUACUCUCCGUUGCUGUUGUUGUCGUGGUUGCUUAAGCUCCGUAAGUGACCUGAGUGAAAAAAUUAAGACUUGUCUUCAAAUGUUUUAACGUCUCGGUCACCUGUCUGUGUUAACAGAACAAUAUCACUAAACUCCCCUUUCACUCUACUAUA